CAAAAGACGAGGAUAAGACGAGACACGGCAGGAGUCCUGUUAACGUAAAACCCAAUCAAGACAAAGAUGGUGUGGACACAGAGGGUUCUUCCUUUACUUUGGAUCCUUAUUGAAGGUUCUGCUGGUAAACACUGGGCAGCCUGGAUGCCACAGUCAAUGUCGGCCUUUACAGAGUCCUGUGUGGCCAUCCCAUGUAGGUUUGACUUCCCUGACGAAAUUCUGCCAUCAGCCGUCCAUGGCAUCUGGUACUUCAACAGCCCAUAUCCUAAAAACUUCCCUCCUGUGGUGUUAAAAUCAAAGACAAACACUGCUCAUGAGAUCUAUAUGGGUCGGACCAAGAUGUUGGGAGACCUGAAGGAGAAGAACUGCUCCAUACAGAUAGAUCGACUCAGCUCUGAAGUUCAAGGAAAAUAUUACUUUAGGACGGACCUUGGGGGAUACAACCAGUACACAUUCUCAGAACACGCCAACCUGCAUAUAAUAGAUGAGCCCUACGUCCUUUCUCCAAACAUGAUUGUGUCCGGUUCAGAGACAGAGUUAACUUGUUUAGUUCCUGAUAACUGCCCAGAUAUGAAGCCCAGUGUAACCUGGAUUGAGAUUGAAGGGUUGGAGCACCAUUCUGCAUACGCCAGGCUGGAGGAAAGUGACGGCUCUUGGACACAUAUAUCGACUCUCAAAUUUCUUCCUUCUUAUAAAAACAACGGGCAGAGGCUGGGCUGCAAAGUCAACUACCUAGAGACAGAGCUGGAAUAUAAAGGCUAUGUGACAAUGGAUGUGAAAUAUGCUCCACGAAUUAUAGACAUCAACUCAUCCGCGGAGAUCACAGAGGGAACACAGGUAGCGUUUGUGUGUGUUGUUGAUAGUAAUCCGGUGUCACGCAUCAUGUGGCUGAAAGAAGACAUACUUUUAAAGGAAGACUAUUCUCAGAAUCUGACAUUGGAGCUGGAGUAUGUGACAUUUAAUCAUGAUGGGAUUUACAUCUGCGUUGCUGAGAACGAGCAUGGCAGGUCUAAUAAAUCCAUGGGGCUCGCCGUGAUGUACGCUCCGUGGAAACCGUCAGUCAAUGCUUCCAUUAUCGCAAUUGAGGGUGAAUCUGUCACCAUUAUGUGCAACACACAGGGAAACCCUGACCCUACAAUCUCAAUCAUAAAGGACAAACAGGUCCUGAACUCAGUGAUAUUUGAGAAUGAACUUGUCCUGGAGAUCCCCUCUGUUACCCACGAACACGAUGGCGAAUAUUGGUGCACAGCCGAAAAUCCAUAUGGACAGAGUAACAGCUCAUUUAACCUCACAGUCGUUUUCUCGCCAUUAUUUUUGCCGGAAUCUAAGUGCACAGUGAGUAAGGACACGAUUCAGUGUAUGUGCACGGUAAAAUCCAAUCCAGACCCAGUGAUUGUGUUUGAAAUCCCAGAAAGGAACCUGAGCCGUAGUGAGCUGGAUCUGGAGUUUGUUCACUCUCAGAGAAACGGCUAUAUGGUGAGCAGCAUCCUGACUCUGCAGAAAGACACAGGAAUACCACAAGUGGUCCUGUGUACCGCAAGCAACCUGUAUGGACGCAAAGCACAGGAGCUGCUUUUCCAAGAUUCCAGCAAACUGGUUUGGGCCAAGAUCGGACCUGUCGGGGCUGUUGUUGUUUUUGUUAUUCUUGUUGCAGUUGGUGGCUACAUGAUUAAAACCAGAGAGAAAAAGAAUCUUACAGAGAGUUCCAGUUUUAUACAAACAGAAACAUCAACCUCCCACAAUGGACAAGGCAACAAAAAGAAUCUGGGGAAAGUAGAGAACCAGUUUCUCAGCAUUUCAGAACGAAUCCUACUUAGGAGACACCAACCUUCAUCUGUGGACAGUGACUAUGCAAACAUUGACUUUACAAAGAAGAAUGUAAAAGAUAGCUACACCUCCACCGAAGAACUUACUGAAUAUGCCGAAAUCCGGGUCAAAUGACGGGCCCUUAUCUAACAGCACAAAUGUCUCUGUUACCCACCUUUUGGCAACACCACAACAUAGAUGGCAGGGUUAGGCUAAAUCAAGUUAUCUGAUUCUCCCAGCUGUUAGAAUGACCUAGAGGCACUGUAACAUUUUGCAAAGAAAGCACAUAACAGAAAUUAUGUCUCCAACUUGAUAAACUCCAUUAACCACCUGUAACAAUGUUACCACCUUGGGUCCAUGAACAUUCCAUGCCAGUCUCAUCCAAUGUAAUUGCACAAAAUCCAUAUAUAACUAAAAAUGAUGAAGGAAAACUGGAUAUUAAGAACAAAUAAGAGCAUGGAGCCAAGGUGGAAGCAAUGUGUUACAGAGCUAAAUUUGAAACGUAAUGUAUUGCAUUGUUUAUCUCUGUUGGGUGACAGAUGUGGUCUUAUGGUCAUAACAACCAUCAGUUGCUUAAGGUGUGAGAUUUAACACUUUCUGAGGCACUUGCUAUGAAUUAUUGAUUCAUUUCAAGAUGGUAAAUAAUUGUGCUGUUAGUCAAUGAACCUCAAUCCUGAUAUGUUCCACUGUAGCCAAGACAGUCAAUUUAUGCUUCUCCCCUGCAAUGGAAGAUCAUUUUAAAUGAUGUCUGAGCUACGAUGUGUCUGCUCUCAUACUUCAGUUGCUGGAAAUUAAUGAUGGGGACUGGAGAUAUAUUUGGUCCUACAUGCUGGGAAUUGUAGCUCAUUCUUUAAAAUAUAUUUAUUUUCAUUUUCCAGGUUACUCUUUAGUCUGCAAAGAGAGGUAAAGUCUUAAAGUGGUGGAUCUUAAUCCAGUUCUGUAAAAAAAAAUAAAGAAACCUCUCUGGGUCAGUGUUAUAUAAUAUUCCGAAUAUAACUUAUGUUGGAAUUCACUAAAUUUUUAGACUGCUGGAUCUGAGUUGAGAACCACUUCCUUAAAGGGAAAUAGUUUAAGUAUGGAGUUAUCAGUGUGAUGCUUGACUUCUGCUCUGCCUGAAAGUGAAUUGCAUGCACUUACAUGUACGCAGAAAGAAUUCUAGAAGGCCUAACAAGAUGUCUGACAAUUAACAUAUAUUCAGGGUGCUCCAAUCACAAGAAAAUGACUUUCUAACAGAUGUUACUUUAUAGCAAAUGUUCUAAAUUAUUGUCUCUUAAACUAACGGCCUAGGAUCAGGUCCCAUCUAUAUCAGUAACUUUAUGAGAACAGGAUUCGGUAAUCCCUAAUUCCUGGAACGUUGCUGGACCUUAAAGACUCUUUAGAGGACUCUGGCACUAAAUCAAAGUUUAGAAAUUUGUAACUAACUCUACGGUCUUUAGUUCCAGCAUUGGCCACCACCUGUUUGAUAAAUUUGAUACAUUUGGUCAAGCUAACAAAAUGAGUAAAUUUGGAAUUAAAAUGUAAUUAUAGGAUAUUGAAUAUGACAGCAGUAGUUAAAGUAAAUUAAUGAUGUGAUGAAAUAUUGCUAUGCUGCUUAUUGGUACCUGUGUGAAGGUCCUGGAUCUCCUCUUUAAGAUGGCAAAUAUUCAUAGCCACGCCUCCAACUAUCCUGGUUUGACCUGGUAUUCUGAGAUUCCCAUCUUAAUGUUUGGUCUGCAGGGUUGUUUUCAUUAAACUGGACUUGUGGAUAUUAUGGGACACAAUCUGACUUGAAGAAUUUUUAAAAUUCAGGGGUUUUAACCUAAAAUGUCAAUGCUCUCGCAAAUCUCCAAAAAUAUCUUGACAUGAAAUAAAACCAUACGAUUGUCAGACUUCUAGUAAAAAAAAGUCUAUGUCACACUUACAGUGGGUAGAUUAUGAAUGUCUGUGCACAUUUAAAAGCAAUGCCUUGACCUAUGUCUCCAGGAGAUAUAGUCAUAUCUCACAUCAUAGAGUUCAGGCAAGUCUCCACCAUCCAAGACCAGUUCCACCAACAACUAGGGACACUGACCUCUGCACACUCCCACACUAGGUGUCAGUUCUGGCAUCACAUGACAAUUUAU